CUGUACGGCACAAGGCCACUUUCUUUACGACAGUAGGGAGCAUGGCGAAAAAGAAGCAUGAGGGAAAACUGCAAGAUGAGAAGCAGUCAGCUAAUGAGUGUGCUUCGGAACAGACUGCUUCCGAAGAAGUUACUUCUAAAGUAAAAGAACAUGCACCCUUGACUUGUCUUAUUCCUUCGUUUGCCGAAGCUUGUAAUUUCAUCGACAAGCCUUAUUCCUGUUUAGUGGUGGACACUCACAGAAGGCAUAUUGUGUUAUCUCCUAUCUACAUUAAGAAGAAGAAGACAGGCAUUCAGGAGCAACUCAGUGCGGAACUGCUGAAAUAUUCUGAAAGUUUAAAAGGUGUACCUGUUGCAUAUGACAACAUACGAAUACUGGGAGAUUUGGGGGAUAUCCACGAUGAUCAAGGCUACAUUCACAUCAAUAUAGAAGCAGACUUUGUAAUCUUCAGACCCGGCAAAGGACGGAAACUAGUGGGAAUAGUAAACAAAGUAAGUCCAACACACAUAGGAUGUCUCGUGCAUGGAUGUUUCAACGCAUCUAUACCAAAGCCUUGGCAAAUGCCUGUAGUUACUUGGCAAGAAUUUGGAUGGAAAUUGGGGGAUAGCUUGGAGUUUGAAGUCCUGCAAUUAGAUGCUGAUGCUGUGGGAGUUGUUCUUAUUAGAGGAAGGUUAUAUAUAAACAGUAGCACAUGUGAAGAAUCGGCAUCAGACGUUGUUGAAGAUCAUGAAGCCAGUCAACACCAAGAUUCUGUAGACAAUACACCAAAUAAAAAGAAAAAAAAGAAAAGGCAAAAAGCUGAAAAGGAGAGAGAAACUGAGGACUUAACACAUACUGAUGAUUUUGUCUGUGAAAUCACUGGGCAAGAGGAGGAGUGUGAUCUGAGCCAAAAUGAUACCAGUGAAUAUGUACAUAAUAAAAAGAAGAAAAAAAAGAAAAAACAUGAAGAAGUGGAAUUAAAUAUAAUUCCUGAAAUUACUGGCAGUGACUCUAGUGGUUAUCAAAGUGACAAAAAGAAAUCAAAGAAGAAAAGGAAGCUCUCUGAAGGAGAUGCUGAAGAGUUUAUCAUGGCCCCAUGUCCUAAAAAAAAGAGAAGAGAAUAAAAUUUUGCAGUACUGCAUUUUUCUAAAACAGAUGCAUUGUGUCCAGAGUUUGACACCAGUAACAAACUCAGUGUUUAUACUCUGGCAAAAAUGCAUUGCUAGACUGAAAAUGAAUGGAUUAAAAUAAUAAAUAUAUAUUUUUUCUCUUUU